UUCUGCCCAUAGGGUAAACCAAUCAGUACACACUUAUCAUGAUGUCCAAGUACAAAAAUAGCAGCACCAGGUUAUUUAAGGACGACAAGACAGUGAAGUUACCAUCGAUUGCUAGUUAUCGGUCACAAUUAGUGCUGUUAUCUGAUGUAAUUCGGGACGAGAUGCACUGCCUGAGCCGAACCCCCAGGUCUUACCUGGUCAACUCUUACAGCGAUGUGAAAGAAGUUGACGAGAGCAAAAGGGAAUCAUAUGAAGCCACCUGGUUAGACCUGGUGAUGGAGACACGAGCAGAGUACAAAGAUACACUUACUGAGAAAGACUCAGCACGAAAGGAGUCUUACGAACGAAAGCGUGUGCGUCAUUUUGUUGUGCGCCGGUUCCUCGAUCAGACCUUUUGCACUGGUGAAGAUGGAACAAAGUUGCAUAAGUAUCGGCUCCCAUAUAAAACCGCGCUUCCGCUGCAGAUCUUCGUGCCCAGGAAUCUCAGCACUCCACCAGAGACACACAGAGAGCCAUCGCCUUCCUGUUUGAGCUCAGACAGAGACUCUGAGAAGACCUGGAGUCGAAAGAGAGUGCUGUGGUCCAGUGUGGAAGACAUAAUACAACCGGAGAGGACAGAGUUCAGAGUGCGCACACUUGUAUCACCAGCGAGGGACUUGGAACGUGACUUCCAGCGGACAUAAAGAACAACAUGCGAUAACAGAGUGUUAAAGCCUUCAGUAUUCUUAUUUAUUAUACUACAGCACUGUUGAAUUCUCAAAUCUGAUUCGUUAGAAGGGGUUGAUUAAUUUUCUAUAACAGCAGUUCUGACAGUAGUUCUAGCUGGAAGAACAAUCACAGGUAUAUAUUAACGCGCUCGUUCUAAUACGUUAUCAUUUCGAUAGUAACAACUUAUACAUGGACUUGUAUGGCGGACGCUCCAUAAUAAUCAAAGUCUAAUAAACAAAAAUUUUAAAA